AGAUGGGACAUGCAUGUAGGUGCAUACAUGUCGGCAGCUGAAGCGGCUAAAACAGGGCACCGGGUGAUCCGCCAUGGUCGGCUUCUUUAAGCUCAGAGAUGCCAGAUUUUGCACUAACCCUAAUUUUUCUAUUCUCUCUGACCCAGACGUUUGCCUUGAUUCUCUGAAACCGUAAAUUUUUUAGUCUCUUUGUUGCUUCCUUUAUCGUAUUCUGAACCCUGUCAUGCCUUGUACACAAGCUUUUCAGAUGUUCGUUUUUCGCGUUGUCUUCCUUUUUCGCUUUAAUACUAGGUUUUUAAUGCGAUUGGAGUGCUUGUAAUCUGGGCGUUUGCUGUUUUGGAGAAGUUCAUUUGCUUUUUGGGUUUUUUUGAAACGUUGGACAGGAUCGUUUCUUGGAGCUUGAGUUUGUGAGGUUCUGUGAUCUAGGGUUUUGCAGGUUGGGGAAAGGGUGCUGUGGCUUCUGAACUCAGUUUUUAGGUUUCUGAUAUUUAGGACUUUUACAGACCAGAGGAUACCUGUGGCUUUUCAGCUUGGGUUUUGAGGUUUUUUAGUCGUCUAGGAUCUUUACAGGUCAGAGGAGGUAGUUCAUUUUGGAUUUUAAGUUGGUGUUUCAGACUCUACAGUAUCUGGUGUUUAUUCAUUUCAUGAGUGCUGGGUGAUUGAGCUCCAGGGACUCGGUGAAAUUCGCAGGAUUUGCUGUUAUUUUGCGGGAGAACUGUUAGAUAUUUCGGAAGAGAUGGGAUUGUUUUGUUUUUUAUGAUUAGGAAGAUUUGGCCAUGGGGUUUGUUGUUGGUUUGGUUUUAGGUGUUGUGUUUGGUGUUGCGUUGGUAGUCGCUUUUGUGCAUUGCGAAAAUGUGCGUUCGAAACGACGCACUGAACUUGCUGUUGCUCUGGCAUCAUUUGCAAGGAUGACAGUGGAAGAUUCAAGAAAACUUCUUCCUCGCGAAGCUUAUCCUUCAUGGGUUGUUUUCUCCCAGCGACAGAAGUUGAAUUGGCUUAACUAUGAGCUUAUAAAGCUCUGGCCUUAUGUGAAUGAGGCCGGAUCAGAGCUGAUAAAAGCUUCAGUAGAACCUACUCUUGACCAGUACAAGACGGUCUUCCUAACUUCUUUGAAAUUUUCUAAGCUGACUCUUGGCACUGUUGCUCCCCAAUUUACAGGAAUCUCAAUUGUAGAAGAUGGAGAGAAUGGGAUCACCAUGGAGUUAGAAGUGCAGUGGGAUGGGAACCCAAACAUUGUAUUGGAUAUUAAAACAAAACUUGGUGUCUCUCUCCCUAUUCAGGUUAAGAAUAUUGGCUUCACUGGGGUUUUCAGGAUCAUUUUCAAGCCAUUGGUGGAUGUGUUGCCAUGCUUCGGGGCUGUUUGCUAUUCUUUAAGGGAAAAGAAACAAAUGGAUUUUACCUUGAAAGUCGUCGGAGGUGACAUAUCAACUAUUCCAGGAUUAUAUACUGCUGUUGAGGAAACAAUAAGAGAUGCCAUCGAGGACUCCCUAACAUGGCCGGUCCGGAAAGUUGUUCCCAUUUUGCCUGGGGACUACAGUGACCUUGAGAUGAAACCUGUUGGAAUAUUGGAAGUGAAACUCGUGCAAGCAAAGGAUUUGACAAAUAAGGACAUCAUUGGAAAGUCAGAUCCUUUUGCCAUUGUUUACGUACGUCCAUUACGCGACCGGACGAAAACUAGUAAAACAAUUAACAAUGAGUUGCAUCCUAUUUGGAAUGAACACUAUGAGUUUAUAGUGGAAGAUGUAUCUACUCAAUAUGUAACCGUAAAGAUUUACGAUGAUGAAGGGUUACAGCCACCUGAACUUAUUGGCUGUGCUCAAUUUCCAUUAAAGGACCUUCAACCAGGGAAGGUGAAGGAUGUGUGGUUAAAGUUGGUCAAAGAUUUGGAAGUUCAGAGGGAUACUAAGUAUAGGGGUCAGGUGCACCUGGAACUUCUUUACAUUCCUUUUGGCAUGGCAAAUGGAUUUACUAAUCCUUUUGCCAAGGCAAUGUUUUCCAUGACCUCUCUGGAAAAGGCUAUGAAAAGUGGCACAGAUGGAAAUGAGAACACCGAUUUGGAGAAGAAAGCAACAUCUCUACAAAGGAAAAGAGAUGUCAUUGUUAGAGGAGUUCUUUCUGUUACAGUGAUUGGUGCUGAAGACUUGCCUCAGAUGGAUCUCAUGGGAAAAGCCGAUCCGUAUGUUGUGCUCCAUAUGAAAAAAGCAGAUAUUAAAUACAAAACCCGGGUUGUGAAUGAAACUCUGAAUCCAGGUUGGAAUCAAACAUUUGAUUUUGUUGUAGAGGAUGGAUUGCAUGAUAUGCUGCUUUUGGUAGUUUAUGAUCAUGAUACUUUUGGAAAGGACUUCAUUGGCAGAUGUAUACUGACCCUAACAAGGGUAAUAAUUGAAGUAGAAUACGAAGAUAGCUUCCCAUUGGAGGGUGCGAAAUCUGGAUGUCUGAACUUGCGUCUCAAGUGGACCCCACAGCCCAUUUACCGGGAUUCCUAAUCUCAGGGGAAAAUGUAGCAGCAAUCACAUCGCACUGUUAAGUAUAGAAAUUCUCAGUCUCGUCACUUUUGUUAAGAAAGAAACAACACGGAAGACUCAUCAAUUUUGAUUAUAGUGCGUUUGAGGUGACAUCCAGUAGUGUUCAACGAGCCACAUAUGGUUUGGAUGGUCCCUGGGGAAUUCAGGCCAAAAUCAUUUUAUGUAAGUAUUUCGAAACUGGUGUUAUGUGUUCUUUGAACUUAUCUCCACACCCAUUUGUGGAUUGUACAGUUCAUAUAGAGAGGCAUGACCUUUUAUGGUGCUAGUAGCAUGGUCCAUAGUGUAAAAUAAGAAUUUUGUUUUCUGAUUCAUUCCCAUCUGUUGUAUACAACUUAGAGAGGUGAGAAUGACUAAAAUGACUGAUCAAAAUAAAGUAAUACAGUGAAGGGGAAUAAACUGUUAUUAUUCUUCAUGAAGAGUAAGGGGUGAUGACCCUUGAUUGUAUGCA